CAUUUGAUUUUUAUAGACAAGCUGCUGAAAAAGGUGAUAUAAACGGAAAAUAUAAACUUGGCUAUUGUUAUGAAAAUGGGAUUGGAAUCCAAGUUGAUAAGACUAAGAUGAUUGAAUUAUAUAAAGAAGCUGCUAAUGAAGGAAAUGUUGAUGCACAAAAUAAACUCGGAUUUUUAUAUGAAGAAGGUAAAGGUGGUGUAGAUAAAGAUAUAGAUGAAGCUAUUCAAUGGUAUAAGAAAGCAGUAGAAAAUGGAUGUCAGAAAUCUAAUGAAAAUUUAGAUAAUCUUUUAAAAUUAAAAGAAGAAGCUGAUAAAGCUAAUAAAGAUAAUGAGGAUGAUGAAACUAAGGAAGAUGAUGAAGCUAACGAGAACAACGAGAACAAUGAAAACAAUGAAGCUAACGAGAACAACGAGAACAAUGAAAACAAUGAAGCUAACGAGAACAACGAGAACAAUGAAAACAAUGAAGCUAAUGAAAACAACGAGACUAAUGAAGCCGAUGAAACCAACGAAGCCAAUGAAACUAAUGAAAACAAUGAGACCAAUGAAAACAAUGAAACUAAUGAAAACAACGAGACCAAUGAAGCCAAUGAAGCUAAUGAACCUAACGAAACCGAUGAGACUGUAGUCAUUGAAACAAAUGAAGCAACCGAAACAAAUGAGAAUAAUGAAGUUUGAAUAUUUUAAAUAUGUGAAAUAUGUGAAAUAUGUGAAAUAUGUGAAAUAU